AUGAAAGACGAUGUACCAUCCACAUCAAAGGCAUUUUUAAUUUCGCCUUCAUUAAGAGCCGAAAAUACUGCUUUCAAACACGCUUAUGAGUCAAAUAUGAACGUUUUACAUCCACUCUACUGCAAUAAUCCUUCCUCUACACCACCUUUUUGUAACAUUUCACCUUUUGAUAAAUUUAUAAAUAAACCGGCUUUUUCUAAAAGAUUAACAUCGCAUUCUACAUUACCGACAUUAUUACCAAGCGAAACAAAAAGUAGUUUCUCUGACAACAAUUUCAAUUAUUUUUCACAAAAUAAUGCAAACGAGUAUUUUCCUAAUUCUUUUUUACAAAGUUCUAGUUUUGGCAUCACAAACCCUUUAAAAGAAACAUUUCAAUUUCCUCAUAUAACUCGACUAACGGACCCCGCUUAUGAAAAUUAUGAAUUAACAGAAAUUUUUAAUAGACCACCAAUAAACGAUGUUGAAACCAGUGAUGAGGAAAACAACUGUUGGUCUCAAGAUCUAUGCUCUAACAACUACAACACUCCCAAAUUUUCACAAAACAAUGACUCCAAAAUUAAAUUGUUCGAAACUUCCAGUAAAACUUCAACAGUUUCAUUGAUUGAAUCGCUUGUUUCAUCGGGUACAUGUGAAUCGUUAACAUUUUCUUUUCCACUUUUAAGUAAUGUAACAAUAAGUCAAUAUCCCACCUCUACCACCAACAGCAGCAGCAACAACAACACGAGUUCUAACAAUAAAUUCAUUGAAAAAAAGGACAAUGACAAGCUUGGUGAUGAAAAUAUGAUUGAAAAUCACAAAGAUAAUAAAGCUGAAAAAAAUAAUCAACAAAUUUUAGAUACUUCUGCAAAUAUUCUUAACAACAAAUACAAUGUUGACAAUAACAAUUUGAGCAGCAUGAUUAAAAAUAUAAAUUACUGUUGUAAUAAUAAAAAUGGAACUAACGCUUGUGAUGAAAAAACAAGACACUUUUUUGAAAUAAAAUCAGUUUUUAAUCAGUAUGAUUGUGAAAAAAAAAUUGGAAAAACAUUGGACCAAGCGGAUUUUGAAAAAAUUAUUCAGGAGAGUAAAUUUAAAUGUGUUACUAAUAAUAUAUACGGCUCAACAAAACAAAAUGUUAACGUCAGUGAAGGUUAUUUUCUUCCCAAUUCACAUUUUAAACAAAAUAAAGUACAAAUGAUUUCUAAAAACAAUAAUUACAAUUUUGCAAAAGACGUUGGAAAUUUGUUUCUUGCAAGCGUCAGCAAUAAUUGCGACAAAACGGUAAACAUCGACAGCAGCAAACGGCGUGAUCAAUCUGGAGUGAAUCAACUUACGGCUGUCACAAAAACUGAUGCAAAUCAUACUAAUUACUACCAUGAACAAUUUGAUGUAGAUGCAGGACAUCAACAAAAGGAACUGCGGUCCACUGAAAAUGAGGAAGGACAGCUGACGGCCGUGCCUCUCUAUGGAGUCGCUUCGAUUCCUAUGGCCGUCCCUGUAUCGUCCUGUUGA